AUGAAGGAACCAUCGGAGGUGAAUCAAGCCACACAGUCAACCACGUCACCCACGACAACCCAUGUACCAAGUACUACAACACAGGCCAGUACCACGCCAGCAGGGGUCCCAACCACGUCCCCACCACCACCAACUCUUCGACCCAGCACCACAACAGAAGCCAGCACCACGACUGUACUUCGGUCAACAGUGACAACAGCAGGGGCCGCUGUACCAACCACGCCCCCUACAACAUCAGCUGUACCAACAACUUCAGAGGCCAGUACAACUGCAGUUAGGUCUACAGCGACGACAGCAGGGGCUGCUGUACCCACCACGUCCCCUACAACGUCAGCUGUACCCACAACUUCAGAGGCCAGUACAACUGCAGUUCGAUCUAUAGCGACGACAGCAGGGGCUGCUGUACCUACCACGUCUUCACCAACGACCCCUGGACCCAGCAUUACAACACAGGCCAACACAACUGCAGUAGGGUCAACAACAGCGACUUCUGUGACGACCACGUCUGCAGCAACGACGCCUGCAACCAACACUACAGCGGAGACCAACACAACUGUAGUUUGGUCAACAGUAGGGGCUGCUGAGUUCAGCACAUCUGCACCCAACUCCACAACAGAGCACAACACCACAGUGGCUCUGUUAUCAACAUCGACUGCCGCACCGAUUCCGUCUCUGACAACGACACCUGCAACCAACUCUACAACAGAGAACAACUCCAAUUUGGUCCGUUCAACAGUAGGUACUGCUGUACCUAGUGCGUCUCUACUAAUGACCCAUGCACCAAACACCACAGCAGAGGCCAACACUUCUAGUGUCGUUCGUUCAACAAAAACGGCCUCUGUUUCUACAACGCCAGAUAUUGAUGAGUGCAUGACGGGAGCUCAUGUGUGCCUCCGCGACGAACUCUGCUUCAACAGGGAGGGAUCGUACGCCUGCGCCUCGUGCUACCCCGACAUAGCCCUGGUGGGAGGAGGGGCCAACUCUUCGGCUCCUGUCGACAUCAAACGGAGGGUGCCUUUUACUGUGCAAUCUACCGUAACAGUGGACUGUGACGUAGCCUAUUCAUUCCUCUUUAACUGGUCUUUGUACGCGAUGGAUGGUGGCCUUCCCUCCGUAAAAAUUCCCCUUCCGGAGAAUGUUGAAACUGCCGGAUCUGAACUCACCUUAACGAAGAACGUUCUGCCGUACGGGAAGGUUGCCAUCCGGCUGGAGGUCACGGUGGAGGAGACUUUGUCUGGACUCCGUGUCGUGACGUCAGCUGAGCAGUGGGUGAAUGUCUUAUCUUCGGCACUGGUGGCUGACAUUGCCGGUGGCUCAGCAAAGUCACUCGCACGUGGCUCCGACAUUGUCCUCGACGGUUCGUUUUCUACAGACCCGGACGCCAUGGUGACAGACGCGGCAGACUUCACUUAUAACUGGACCUGUGUAACAGAAAUGGGAACUUCGUGCGACGACCUGUUUAGCGAUGGAGGAACCAACCAGUCAUAUGUUAUCUCUUCUGAGGGCGUCGAAACAAGUGCAGGCCGGUUGAUUGUGCAUCUUAGCGUGUGGUUCCCUGGCAGAUCCCCUGGAACGACGUUUCAAAUCUUAGAGAUUUUCCCUGUCGGAUCUCCAUCUCUAUACAUCAGGUGCUUCAGCAACUGUAACAGGAAAAUCAACCCAUCUGAGAAGCUCGUUCUGGUGGCGGAGUGUACAAACUGUGAGGAGAACAAACUGGUCAGUUACAACUGGACAUUACAGGAAGUUCCGGACGGGUUUGGCAGGUCCGAUUUAAACUGGAACACCGAGAGCACCACGGGAAGGAACCUACCGGAUGUCGUCAUCAAACCCGAAGUCUUUACGGCUUUAGGGGACUAUACAUUAAGAGUGAAGAUGACGCUUCUUGACGGUCGUCAUGGGUUUGCUGAGUACAGUUUUGUACCGAACGAACCACCUGUGGUCGGAAGCUGCACAGUCAGUCCGGAAAACGGCACGGCCAUGGUGACAGAGUUCAUCAUCACUUGUACGGGUUUCUCUGACUCAGACGAGCCUCUGACUUACACCUUCCUCUUCAACACGGACGCUGCUUCUGAAUUCACUCCGCUGUACACAGGAACGGAUCCAACAACUCCAUCGCAGCUGUUUCCAGUGGGCCAAGAGUCCCGUGGCUUUGUCGUAAGAAUCCGCGUUGAAGUGUCAGACUCCUUCGGGGCAACAUCACAUGUCGAGACUUCUGUCAAGGUCGUGGCACUUCCAUCAGAACAGUCCACAGCCGUAGCCACGCAGCUCGUGGUUGGGGAGAACAGUCCUCUAACCCAGCUGGUGCGGGAAGGAGACGCCAAGUCCUUGGUGCAGAUGUCCAACAGCGUCACGUCUGUCUUAAACACGGUCCCGACUAACGCGUCGGCCGAGACACGGAGGGCAGCCACUGAGGCCAGAGAGGCUGUGGUAGCUGCAUUGACGACCAUCAAACCUACCAGCGUGUCGUCUGUGAACCUUGUAGCGAGCGCGCUGGGCUCGGCCACAAGCGGAGGGGACGACGUGUCAGCGGAUGCACAGGUUGCCACCGCAAGGUCCUUAAAGAACAUGGGGGGAAUUUCUGCAAAGCUUACCUCUUGA